AGAUUCACAAUCUUGGUAUUAUAUUUACUAGAAAAGAAAAAAAUUACCUAGCUAGCUAGAUUCUUAUUAUUUAGUGCUAAAAUGGGCUUUGAGAUACUCCUUUCAGUGCUUCUAAUCGCAUCGUACCAUUUGCAACAUGGAGAUAGUCGGGAGAUUCUAUCCAUUAAAGAUUUUCUAUCUGAUUCUGAGACUACAAAUAUCGAUCAUUCUCGGGCAUUUCAAGAUGCGUGGAGAGCGCUAUGUAGAGGCAGAGGGAGAGGUCGUGGGGCAGCCUCUUUAGUAAUACAUGCCAAGGAAACAUAUACCUUACUUCCACAGUUUUUUGAAGGUCCUUGCGUUUCUCGUUAUAUUCAUAUUCAGAUUGAUGGAACAAUUGAAGCGCCGAGAUUGGUAAAAGACUGGGGAGUCCAAAGAAAUGGGUGUUGGUUAUGUUUCGAAAGGGUGUCAGGUCUCGUUCUCAACGGAUCUGGUGUCCUCAAUGCCCAUGGAGAAUCCUGGUGGUCUUCUGUCGAAUUAUACUCCCGACCAGAGGCAGUGAGAUUUUCUGGGUGCCAAAACAUUUUUUACAAUGGAUUAACUCAAAUCAAUAGUCCAAAGAAUCACAUAUCGAUUAGCAAUUGCGCCAACUCGACUCUAUCAAAUCUUCAUUUGAUCGCACCUUCAGGCAGUCCAAAUACUGAUGGCAUUGAUAUCUCCCUUUCAUACAAUAUCCAAAUUCUCAGUUCAUCAAUCAAAACCGGUGAUGAUUGUAUUGGAAUCGGAGGUAAUUCGUACAAUAUCAACAUAACUUAUGUGACAUGUGGUCCGGGUCAUGGCAUAAGUAUUGGAAGUCUGGGGAAAGGAGGGGCAACUGAGAAUGUAGAGAAUGUGAAUGUAAGACACUGCACCUUCACUAAAACUCAAAACGGCGCACGAAUCAAGACUUGGCCUGGAGGACGAGGAUUGGUCAAAAAUAUCUUGUUCGAAGAUAUUACUCUGAUAAAUGUCAGAUCCCCAAUCAUCAUCGAUCAACAUUAUUGUAACGGUGGUCAGUGCAAACAACCUGGAGUGGGAACUGCUGUGAAAGUGAACGGCGUGACAUAUAAAUACUUUAAAGGGACAAGUCUUCCCGAUGUUGCUGCAAUAAAAUUAGAUUGUGACCGAAACACAGGAUGUGAUAACAUCUACAUGGAACACAUCAACAUCGCUUCCUCAUGGCGGAGAACGCCUCUCGCCUCGUACUGUAGAUUUGCGCAUCUAAUUAGUCGCUUUGUCUCCAUUCGCAUCAACUGUGCUAACUCUUACUACGUCAAUCCUCAAGAUCCAUCACUCGCACCGUUUGCCAUAUCCCCGAUGCCUUAUGCUGAACCUCCAGCACUGCCUGCUCAAUCUCCAGCACCCAUUGAUCAUGAAAUCCAAAAUUUUUAUUAACUCAUAAAAUCUUGUUAGAAUUCUAUAUAUAAACUCGAACUCAGAUCAUAUUGAAUUAUUGAUCAUGAGCUAAUUGAGCUAGAUAC